AUGAGUUCCAGAGCACUAAGAAGGCUUCAAGCGAAUAGUCUGGAGCAAACUCUGGCAAACCUGACCCCUGAGUCCGCGGAAAAUGAGCCUACAAGUGAGCAUAGAACGCAAAGAUCAAGACCGGUGAAUCCAUUUGCUUUGAUGGGGGACGAGGAUGAGGACGAGGAUGAGGAAGAAGAGGAAGUGACAAAGUCAGAUAACAACAGUUAUCAAGGGUCCUCAAUUGAAGCAGAGGCUGCAAAGCCUAUCCAAGUAGCUACGAAAUCGAAAAAGAAGAAGAACCGGAAAAACAAGAACAAAAAAGCUAGCAAGAAAUCCGAGAGAGAAUCCGAGGAACCCGCUGAGCAGGAAAAUAAUGAGAAUGAUGACGAGGAGCUAGACCGCAUAAUUCAACAAUUCCAGAAACGGGACCUAGAAUAUAAAAAAAGCUCUUUGGGACCGGACAUCGACAAUUCAGACGAUUCUCUUUAUGACUAUGAUACCGCCAAUGAGGAUGAAGAAAUCAGCGGCAAUCAAAAGCUCUCACACUUAACCACUGACCCAGGAUUUACGCACUUCAAGAACUUUUCUGAGUUUGAACGCAUUUUUGGGCUUAUAGACAUGAAAAAGUUGAACCCCGACAACGAGUAUAAGUUAUUAUUUGACGAUUUAUCCCCCGAGUCUUUGGCAGACGUGGAUUCCAUGACAUCUACCCAUGUCUCUCCCCAAGUGAUGAAGCAAAUUGAAAUACUCAAGCAGAGGGUUCGCAAUUGGGGUGGCAAGGAUCACAAGAGUGUACCCAACGGUUCUACUUCAAGACGUUUAGCAUUUACUAAAAUUAGAGAUGAUUGGAUUCCGACACCGCGAGGAGAAUUUGUGAUCACGCAACUAUCUCAAAAAGAAUUAAUAGACUGGAAUAGUUGGCAAAGACCUCAAGACUGGGUUGACGAAAUUGAGCGCUCCAUCAAAAUGUGGGAAAAAGCAGGAAUCAAUUUCUUCAAGUUCGAACCGUCGAACUUAGAAUUAAAUCGCAAGGCAAUGACGGAAUUUUACAUGAGUGUUGUUUUGCGUCCCGAUCAUGAAGCUCUGAUAAGUCUCAUAUCUUCAAGGUUUCCUUAUCAUGUACCAGCAUUGCUUCAAGUUGCUUUAAUCUUGGUAAGACAGGGCGACAAGGCUAACAGCAAUGGUUUAGUUGAAAGGGCACUCUUCGUUUUCGAUCGUGCAUUGAGAUCUCACAUCACCUUCAAUGGUGUAUCUUGCCAACUUCCCUACAUUUAUUUCUUCAACAGACAGUUUUACAUUGCAAUUUUUCGAUACAUGCAAAUUCUUUCGCAGAGAGGAGCCGUCUCGACUGCUAGUGAGUGGUGUAAAGUCUUGUGGUCUUUAUCUCCACUGGAAGAUCCUCUUGGUUGCAGAUACUUUAUCGACCAUUAUUUGUUGAUGAAUAAGGAGUACGAAUACAUGCUCAGAUUGGCCCACUCACCAAUGGCUAACACCUAUAGUGAAUGGUACACCUUAGGGCUCUCACUGGGAUUUGUUUUGUCGUAUUUAAAAAGGGACUUGGUGGAAGAUGCAAAGUCAGAGCUUAGAAAGGCUUUCAUGCAUCAUCCAUGUGCCUUGUCUUCCAUUUUUGUCGAAGGGCUUCUAGGAGACAAUGCCUCGCUGAAAGGCCUGCACCUUCCUGCUAGAAGCACAGCUUGUGCGGUUGAGACUAAGGCAUAUCUGAUAAGAAUGAAAGCGCUCUGGGGAGGGGUUGAGUUGAAGUUUUUGCAUGACGAGCUGAAAACUGUCAUUGAUGACUGUAAGGACAACAAAUUAGCUUUAGACUUUACAGAAGCCACACCGGCGGAUAAUCCUUUCUUUAUCGAGGGAAUACCUGUCAAUCUGUUACGGUUCGCGGUCUUAUCGCAAGAGUCCCCUCUUAUGGCUUGUAUCCCGGAAACGAUUUGGUCCCAAAGGGAUGUCUACGAAUUUGACGUCCUACCUCCACAACCUUACGAUCGCAGUACAGAAGAUCUAGUUGAGUCCGUCAAGAAUUUCGUUAGCGAAAGUGACCUAACCAUGACUCAGAUGGAAAUGAUGCAGGACGAAAACCUUUUGAGCCAAAUCACACAAAUGUCACUCGAGCAGUUUUUAGAAGAGAAUCCCAACGCUGGCAUUGACGAAUGA